UUACACCAAAUAUUAUAUAUAAGUGAAAACAUUAUUUUAGUGUACAUUUUUUUGUGUCAACGUUAUAAUGUCCACGAAAAUUGCAAUAGUUUUGUUUCUGAUAGGCGUGUGCGCGCUGACGCAACCGGUCACGGCGACCAACGUCCAGCUGCCCGCAGUGUACCCGCUGGUGAACGUGCUCUUGCCCCUCCUGAACAACGUCUACAACCUGCUCCUCUCCCUCCUCUCCAUCUUCGACUCCCUUCCUCCAUCAGUCUGCAGUCUCAUCCCCGUGGACUUAAGCGCUCUGGAAACUUCCCUUCUGAAGUUGUACUCACAAGCGCUGGCUAUAGUCAACUUCCUGCGUUCAUUACCCGAGUACGCUGCGGGUGCUAACGCGAAAACGCCAUCUACCGGCGUCACAAACCUCCAAGGACUUUUGACUACCCUCAUAUCGACUGUAACGGAUUUAGCUGAUGACGUGCUGAUCGGCAUCGGCGGUGGUCUCCUGCCUGGUCUCCUGCAUACGACAAUGAUGUUGCCCACGCUCGUGCUGGUGGUGGUGUUGGGCGGCGCCCACGCGUGGGGCGGGCUGUUUAACCGCUUCAGCAGCGACAUGCUCGCCAACCUUGGUUACGGCCGCAGCAACUACCGCUACCCUUAUGGACAGGUGGAGCCCGAGGAGAUCUACGCAGAGGCUCUGGAGGGCAACCGCAUCGAGGACGCCGACGACACCCACUGCUACAACUCCCCCUGCGUCACCAACGAGGACUGCUGCCGUGGACUGAUGUGUUUCGCUACUGAAUACGGAGGGACGUGCCUGCCGGCGUUCUCGGCUCGCAAGCUGGGUGAGAUCUGCAACCGGGAGAACCAGUGCGACGCUGGCCUGGUCUGCGAGGAGGUGGCUCCAGGGGAAAUGCACGUCUGCCGGCCGCCGUCCGUCGCGCACAAGCAGUACAAUGAGGACUGCAACACCUCCAGCGAGUGCGAUAUCUCGCGCGGCCUGUGCUGCAUCAUGCAGCGCCGCCACCGCCAGAAGCCGCGCAAGAGCUGCGGCUACUUCAAGGAGCCCCUGGUGUGCAUUGGUCCGGUGGCGACCGACCAAGUGCGAGAGGUCGUCCAGCACACGGCCGGGGAAAAGCGCCUCGGCUUGUACCGCAUGCACUAAGCUGGCCCAUGACUUCUCUUCCGCUCCAUGGAGGUACCUGUACUUCGCUCCUCACUUCGGAGAUUGCGCCUCUACACAUCUACGACUGUCUUCGUUAUGGUGGCACGGUAGUGCACAGCCAAGUCUUUAAUAUUUUUACAUUUGUAAGUUUAUUCUCCUGAGCGCUUAUGAAAAAAAUACUGUUGUAAUUCCUUUUCGGUAAAAAAUAUCGUUUAUUUUUUGUCUUUGUGUUGUAAUGUAGCUUCAACCUCUGCUUAUUUUCCCUUUGAAUACAAUUAUCAAUUUAACUUUGUAAUUUUAUAUUGAUAAAUGUUUUUGAAGUCCUAACGAUAAAUACGACGACAACUUGCUUUGAACCAUGGCCGCCGAUCGUCCUUACGUUUUAAUUUAUAAUCUUAAUAAAAAUAAAAAUAAAUAUUAAGUCAUUACUAGCGGUAAGAUUUUUUGGUUACUCGGCAUCUAGCGUAGACGUAAUCUCGGUGUACUGUCUUAUGAGUGUUAUAUCACGAACGUUAUUAGAACUACGUUUAAACUAAACAUAAUUAGGAUAGUUUCGAAAUAUUAAAAUAAACAUAUCCUGGCUGAGGCAUAUAUUAGAUUUUAAAUAUAUCGGUGUUAAACUAAGGAUUUAAGUAAGAGUAAUAUUUUUUGCUUUUUUUCUAAUAUUACUAUGAUAGGUGCCUAGAUAAAAACAUACAUAUCAUUGUAACUUUGUUUUUAAUAUAUAAUCCUAGUGUAAACAAUUGAAACAUAUCAAAUUUUCGCGAGUUAUACUAGUGUAAGUCUGUGAUGUCUGUAUUUUAUUAAAGUUAUUAUAUUAAAAGCAAAUGGAAUUCAAAUAUUUUUCUGCCAAAUUGUAAUCGACGUUGAAGAUAUAUAAUAUCUUAUGGCCUAACGCUUCAUAGACCGCCCAGCGCGGUGUUACUAUAUAGUACGUUGUUGUUCCCCUCAGAUGUUACUAAUUAUCGUGUACUAUGUGUUGAAAUAUACAAGAGAUAUAAAAAGCAAA